GUGGUUGGUUGGUGACAAUAGUUUGAAAAGGAUUCGCAAAUCCUUGUAUUCUGUUUUUAUUUACGAUGCACACAACGUGCCAACUUCACCGGUUUUGGGUUUUGCAGAAUUUUGAGGACAAAAAUGAAUUCAUUCCAUUUUGGAGUAAGACCGUAACAUAACGAAAUGUGGAAAAAGUGAAGCGCUGUGAAUACUUCCGGGAUCAUACAUGACAACACAACAUAGACCUGCCUCUCCUGUGUGAGUGCUGCAGGGCACGGCCUGUGAGGUUACCGUGGCAACCAAGCCCCUCCCUUUGUCUUGCGGGGGAGGUGUUUUGAAAGUUGAGUGCGUGUGUGAGAGAGACACGGAGAAUUGGGCGUGGGUGCUCGGUAGUCAAGUCAAAGAAGCGCGACACCCAAAGUUCACUCCACGGGGGGACUCGUCUGUGAGAGCCAGGUAACGCCGUAAUUUGCGCUUUUUGUGCGUGUGACUAAAGCACCUGUGAGCCAUGGAAGGAGAGGCACCUCACGCCGAGGCAUCCCAGGCGGAGCCCGGCAGCGUGUCGGGCAGCACACGCACCGAGAACACGGAGCUCCUUAUCCCGGGUUGCAGCACGCCGUCCUCGCCCAGCCCGGGAAGCACUCUCUCCCGACUGGGCUUAAAAAGUCCCACUAGCCCCACCGCCCCCGCCAGCCCCGGGGCCGGCGGCCCGGUGAGCCCCGGCGGCCCGGUGAGCGCCAUCACCGUGGUGGCCCUGCUGGAUAAGCUGGUCAACAUGAUGGAGGCGGUGCAGGACAACCAGCAGCGUAUGGAGCAGCGGCAGGCCGACCUGGAGGGCGCCGUGCGGGUCGUGCAGGGCGACGUGACUCGCCUGUCCAAGGCGCACAUGGGCACCUCCAACUGCGUCAGCAAGCUCCUGGAGCGCUCCCGCAAGAUGGGCGGCCACCUGAAGGAGGUGCGGGAUCGUCUGGACAGGCAGGCCGGGCAGGUGAAGAAGCUGGAGGCCAACCACAGCCACCUGCUCAAGAGGAACCACUUCAAAGUCAUCAUUUCCCAGGAGGACAAUGAGAUCCCUACCAGUGUGUUGGUUAAGGAUUCCUUCAGGACCCCCCAACCAAGCCUGUAUGAUGCAGAAUCUACCCUGCCAAAUAUGUCGGUUGCCAGCUCUGUUGAUGGCAUCCAUACACAGGAUGAAUGUCUCCAGACCAUCAGCCUUUCGUCGGAUGACGAUGAGGAUCAGGGAAGCAUGUUCGAUUCAGGGGCUGCGGGUACUUCCCAAUCGUUUGAGAGAAGGUCCGACAAGUUUAAGCGAUCCAGUCUGAAAAAGGUCGACAGUAUUAAGAAGGCCUUCUCACGCCAGAGCAUUGAGAAAAAGAUGGCCCAGAUCACCACCAAGAUUGUUCCCCCAGAAAAGCGGGACAAAAUCAUGAAGAGUCUCAGUCCGACACACUCCAAGAGUCCUACCAAAGGCCCUUUAUUGAAGGGGUCUCCCAUAACAUUAAAUGCCAAGAAAACCAGAGAUGGCGAGGGUCCCUCACAAGACCUGGCCUCAGGGGGAGAAGCGCAUGUGGAGAUUCCUCCACUGGAAUGCUUAGAUAGAGAACCCCCUUUGGCUGAGGUGCACCCCCAGGAAGGUGUCGGGCAGAAGAGUGGGGAAAUGCUGAAUCAGUCCAUCUUGGACACCAUGAAAGCAGAUCUGUCAAUCAAUGGAGAAGCACCAAGCAUCCAGUGCGAAUUAAACGGAAAUCGUUCGGCUGGUCUCGCAGUCCCAGAGCGUGAUGAUGAUGUUGGUGAGGAUGAAGAAGAGGAAGGAGAAGACGACGACCACAAAAGCGAAGUCAAGACAGCAGUAAAUGUGCAGACUCCUACGACAACGGUUUCUGUGGAGCAAGCCUCUUAAUGUUUUAGGGUUGACCGUCACCAUUCUUCGAUAUUAGAUAUUCUCAUGUACACACAUUGAUACACAGUAGACAACUAUCCAUACAUUCAAAGUUGUUUGACUAUGGAUGUUCUCAUUCAUGCAGGUCAUUGUAUUCUCGACGCAUUCAAUUGAUCGCACCUCGACUGUUUGUUUUCUCUUGAGAGAGGUUUCGCCUCUCAUCCAAGUAGGCUUCAUCAGUUCAUACUCCUAGACUUAGGUUGGUCAGUCACUAGUCUGACCAAUCUAAGUCUAAGACUAGAUCUGACCAAUCUAAGUCUAUGAGCAGGAACUGAUUAAACGUACUUGGAUGCGAGGCGAAGCAUCUUCUGAGACAGUCCAGUUGCAAUCAAUUGAAUGCUCUGAGAAUUCAAAGUUGUUUUUCUAUGGAUGUUCUCAUUCAUCCAGGUCAUUGUAUUCUCAGGGCAUUCAAUCGAUCGCAACUGGACUGGUAUCUCUUGGAAGAGGUUUCGCCUCUCAUCCAAGUAUGCUUCAUCAGUUCAUGUUCAUAGAAUUAGAUUGGUUAGAAUCAAAUUCUGACCAAUCUAAGACUAGAUCUAUGUCUAUGAGCAUGAACUGAUGAAACCCUUGGAUGAGAGGCGAAGCAACUUCUAAGACAGUCCAGUUGCGAUCAGUUGCCCUGAGAAUUGAAAGUUGUUCUGUUCAAUGGUAGUCCAACAUUCCUGCAACAAUGCUUUUGACAAUCACCGGCGUGGUCUAAAGGACUUGACACAGACUGCAGUAACUUAGACGUCUUAAAACACUGCUCACAAUUUCAGUAGGAGCAUCUCCAGGGCAGUGGUCCAACUAUCUCCCUCUCGUCUGCCUCUCCUGUUGGAUGUGAAAAACAGCCUCUUUGUGCUCCUUCUUUUUUUUUGAUUGUGAAAACGAGUAAAUCUUGGGCAACAACACGGCCUGUUGAGGUGACCGUGUUGCCAGGAUGUGCAAGAGCAGGAAUGGGGAGUUUGGGUAGUUGACAUGUUUUAGAGUUGUUUUAUCGUGAACUACAGUACAGAUGUUUUUGCACAGUUUCCAAAAUCUGGCUUGAAACCUUACUAACCAGUUACUACAGUUUAUGUAUUUCACUGUCAUGUAAUCCAGGUAAAAUAAGUGUGUCGAAACGUUUCCCUCUAGGGCCACAAACAGGAAAUUGUACAUUUAAAAAAUCUGAUGUAGGUCAAUAUAUUCUAAGCUAAAUGAACAAAACAUCUAUAUUCGCUUUGUGUUACAGCUACAAAGCAAAUUAGUCAAAUAUAUCUAAUUAUUAAUGAAUUGACUUAUAUUUUUCCCGAAUAUGCAGAGUUAAUAAAUGUAUUUAUUUGCGCUAGUCAGCCACGAAUAAAUUACAAAUACUAGGUAUGAUACAUGCUGUGGCUCUGGGGUCACACUUUAGUCUUAUGUAUGAUUCAAAAAAUAUCUAAUAAU